UCUAGCUUUAACCUUUCUCUCUAUAUACAGGCAUGCAUGCAGAGAGCUUAGGAGAGAGUACGAAACAAAUUAAUUUGAAAAUUUGAAGGAUGGAAGAUUCGAUGAAGACUAAGAGCUUCAAAGAAAGUGAAGAGGUAGGGCUGAGAAGAGGGCCUUGGACUUUGGAGGAAGACACUCUUCUCACAAAUUACAUCCUCCAUAACGGUGAAGGUCGAUGGAACCUUGUCGCCAAAAGUGCUGGGCUAAAGAGAAACGGAAAAAGUUGUAGAUUGAGAUGGUUGAAUUACUUGAAACCCGAUAUCAGACGAGGGAAUCUAACUCCCCAAGAACAGCUUUUGAUCCUUGAGCUGCACUCUAAAUGGGGUAAUAGGUGGUCCAAGAUUGCACAGUACUUACCAGGAAGAACGGACAACGAGAUCAAGAACUAUUGGAGAACGAGAGUUCAGAAGCAAGCUCGACAGCUCAACAUCGAAUCCAAUAGCGACAAGUUCUUUGAUGCUGUUCGUAGUUUCUGGGUCCCUAGAUUGAUCGAGAAGAUGGAGCAAAACUCAUUCACUAAUUGCUGUCCCCAAAACAACAACAAUAAGUCUCUUCUUCCUCCUCAAUCCUACGACUCCACGAGUACACAAACAUAUACAGAUAUCUCGAGUCAGAACCCGGGAUUGAGCAACAUAGAUGGUUCUAGUUCGAGUUCCAUUUUCAUGCCUGAUCUCACGACAGUUCCACACUUUAUAGAUCCCAACACCAUCAUUGAUGGUUCGAUGUGUAACCAGGAACUCGGCGGAUAUAUUCCUGAGAUGGAGGAAUAUUAUUACAUGGGAAAUUCAGACAUAGGAACGGAAUGUCACGUGGCAGAAGCGUACGAGGAUGUCACACAAGAUCCCAUGUGGAACAUGGAUGACAUUUGGCAGUUUAGGGAGUAAUUAAGUCAGUCAAGAGAUGAGAGUAUGCUUAAUUAGGGCGGAGGGAGCCCACCACCAUGGUUAUAUUUUACUAUAAACUGCCAUGCUUAUUAUUCAGUCUAUGAUCCAAAGUUGUUGGCUAAAUAUAUAGUGAUAGUUUGCAUAAGUCUU